AUGGCAGCGGCAGCAGCAGCGGCUAUGGGAGGAGGGGGCAAUGCCUCUACUAGUGGCUUGUACAACUCGGCCCUUGCAGAGUUUUACAGUGAUGCGUCGAUACUAUUCGCUGACGUAGUCGGCUUCACCUCGAUCUCGUCAAGGGUGCCUCCCGAGCAAGUCCUGUUGCUGCUCAAUGAGCUGUUCUUCAUGUUUGAUAAUAUUGCUGAGAAACACGGCUUGGAGAAGAUAAAAACCAUUGGGGAUGCGUAUAUGGCUGCGGCUGGGCUUCCUACUCCUCAUCCCCUACAUGCGCAUGCUGUGGCCCGAAUGGGUCUGGACAUGGUUGCUGAUGUCGGCGUGUUCUGUGACGAUAUGGGCAACCCUCUGGCGUUGAGAGUUGGCUGUCAUUCGGGUUCUUGCGUGGCUGGUGUAAUAGGCAGGAAGAAGUUCAUCUACGACGUAUGGGGCGAUUGUGUGAAUACGGCCUCUCGAAUGGAGAGUCAUGGGGAGCCUAUGAAAGUUCAUUGCUCGGAGGCGACGGCACAGCGUAUUCAGGGGGACUUCGAACUGGUUGACCGAGGUGAUAUGUUUAUAAAGGGGAAAGGCCUGAUGAGGACCUUUUUCAUAGAGAAGGAGAUGGAGAGCACCAAAGACAGAAGCGUACGUUGCUAA